CCACACACACCAUAUUUAUUUCAAAGUUAAUUUUCUCUCUCUUCACCAAAGAAAUCUGGAAAACUCUCUCAUUCUCAAACAAACCCUAGCCGCCGCCUCCUCCUCCCUCCUUCAGCGUGUCGCCGGCGGUCGUUGCAUUGCUCCACCAUCUUCAUCCUCUCCUUUUCAUCUGUAAUUAUACUCUAUCAAAUUUAUUUCAACUCAAAGAUGAUUUUAAAUUUCCCUACGACCAUCUUUUCGGCUAGAUCUUGACAUCCACGUACAAGCUUUUGAAAAUCCAUCACCAUAAAAAGAGUCCCCUCCAUCUUCUCUACAAAACCCAUUUAAAAAUAUCAGGAACGGACAACCUUCGCCGGUGACCACCACGCCGGAGCUUGCAACCACCGCGCCGGGAAAGAGCUUACGUGUUUUCAUCCCGAUCUGGGUCAGAAUUUUUACACAAACACUUAAACCUGGGCUGUUGUCUUCAUCAAGGCUGGGGCAUUAAUAGGAUUUCCACAACAUCUUCUCUUCUUAUAUUAAGAGAGAAGAGAUAUUAAGAGAGAUUUCUGUUUCACAGGUACAGUUGGCAAGGUCUUUGAUAAAUGGCAACCACCGCUUGUUUCAUCAUUGUUAGCAGAAAUGAUAUUCCCAUUUAUGAAGCUGAAGUUGGAGUAGCUGCUAAAAGGGAGGAUGCUGCUCAGCUGCAUCAGUUCAUCCUGCAUGCAGCUCUUGAUGUUGUACAGGACCUUGCAUGGACUACUAGUGCUAUGUACUUGAAAUCAGUAGAUCGGUUUAAUGAACUCGUGGUGUCCGUGUACGUCACAGCUGGUCAUACCCGAUUUAUGUUGCUUCACGAUUCUCGUAAUGAUGAUGGCAUUAAGAGCUUCUUCCAAGAGGUGCAUGAGCUUUACAUAAAGACUCUUCUUAAUCCUCUAUACUUGCCUGGCUCCCGAAUCACAUCAUCACAUUUUGAUACAAAAGUACGUGCCCUUGCACGAAAGUAUUUGUAGAAACUACUAGUCUGCUUUUGAUGAUCUGUGGUUGACUAGUUGCUUGUUCACAAAGCAUUGAGGCCCUUCUCCUACCUUAGUUCUUGAUUAGCUUUGAAAAGCUUUUUUCUUUUACGACAAUGGUAGAUUUCCUGUUGUCUAUAGAAUUGUGUACUCCAGUCAUUAGCAGAAGGCCGUGUUUGGAAGGUCGUACGUCGACAAAAGUUGUUACAUUGCUAGUGUUACAAUUUGCGAUGCUUACUGAUGUUGUUCUUGAUGAUCAACUAUUUGAUUUUAAGUGGCAAAGAAAUAUUAUUGCCCCCUUUGUGCUUCAAAAGUUUGACAGUAAACUAUCUCUUUAUUCAUUUUGAAAGAUUACUGUGUCGUUGUGUUUUCUAAA